AACAUUUGAUCAACAAAGAUGAUAUACUCUUAUUCUGUAUGUUAGAUCGACUCUUGGCUUCAAGUCUCGAGAAAAAGGCAUCCCUAACCCUUAUCUAUUCCAACACCUGAUCCUCCAUCGAUCCUUUAUUGUUAGAAACAAUCACUUAUAGAAACAAUCACUUAAUUGUCUAAGAUAAAUUUCUUUCCAUAAAUUCCCCCCUGCCUACAUUGAAUAUGGCAUGCACGAAAAAAAAGCACAUUACAACUUUCCAUACAAAAUCUCUCUUCCUCUCUCUUUUUGCUCAGUAAUCUUGUCUUUGGGAAGGGUUAUUUGGAGCUUAAUCAGUUCCAAUGGCGGACGAUCAUGCAGCAUCUUCUCAAGUAAGCACUUUUCACUUCUCUUUUCCUUCAUUCUUCUCUUUAUAUUUCUUCUCCAACUUCUUCUGCAGAUUUGUACCAUAAAAAUGGAUAUCAACUGCUGUCAAAAGUGCCCUCUAAAACUGGAGAGAAAGCUCCUCAAAUCAAAUGGAGUGGAAUCUGUUACUAUAAACCAAGAUGAAGGGCUGGUUACAGUAGCAGGUGACAUUGACCCUGUUGCACUCCUACAAAAAAUAAAAGCUAUGGGGAAAGAAGCCAAACUCUGGUUCUUUCAACAGGAAUCCAACUGCAGUGAGAAAACCACUGGGCGUUCGAGGAGUGGUUCGAACAUCGAACAUGAUGGCAUUGGAUCUGAUAGUAUCAUUGAGAAUGAAACACGCUUUGAUUGGCAUUUGGCAACGGGCAUGAAGGAGCACGAUCGGGGGUUUCAGAGCUUGCCUACUAUGUCUUCUGAUGUUAAUGGGUGUUCAUAUCCCUGGAGCUUGUCGCCUGCUAUAUCUUCUAAUGUUCAUGCAUAUUCGUAUCCUCGGAGCUUGCCUCGACUUGGAUACGGACCUAUGUGGCCAUAUCAGCAAUCAGUUCCUGGCCAUAGGCUCACACCUCAUGGUUACUACUUGCAGCCACAUCCCCCGCCUGCUUAUCGUCACUUUCAGCCUCGGUCUCCUCCUAGAGUUAAUCCUAUGGUGCAUUAUACUGACUAUGCAGACAAUUAUAGGGUAUAGUUAAGUUCAAAAGACAAUGUGCUAC